CAAUCAGGGUGGGUGCACAUAGCAUCUCGAAAACUUGUAAUUUUUAUUUAUGUAUAUCCUUGUUGUGGGUCUGACUCAGAUAUGGAGUUGAUGAAGGAAAGGUUUUCAAAGUUGCUUUUGGGUGAAGAUAUGUCGGGCGGAGGGAAGGGUGUGUCAUCCGCUUUGGCUUUGUCUAAUGCCAUCACCAACCUAGCAGCUUCUGUGUUUGGUGAGCAAUGGCGUCUGGAACCCAUGUCCGCAGAGAGGAAGGCAAGGUGGAGAAAAGAGGUUGACUGGCUUCUAUGCGUCACCGAUCACAUUGUCGAGUUCGUUCCUUCCCAACAGACAGCCAAGGAUGGAACGAGCAUGGAGAUUAUGGUGACCCGCCAAAGGACUGAUCUGCUCAUGAACAUCCCUGCUCUGCGUAAACUCGAUGCAAUGCUCAUCGAAUACCUUGAUAACUUCAAAGACCAGAAUGAUUUCUGGUAUGUGUCAAAAGAUGCCGAUGAGGCUGAGAAGCGACAGGGUGAUAAAUGGUGGCUUCCCACUGCUAAAGUGCCACCUGAAGGGCUCUCCGAUGUCUCGAGAAAAUGGUUGCAGUUCCAAAAGGAUUCCGUGAACCAAGUGCUGAAAGCAGCUAUGGCUAUAAAUGCUCAGGUUCUCUCAGAAAUGGAAAUCCCUGAGAACUAUCUUGAAUCCCUUCCCAAGAAUGGAAGAGCGAGCCUCGGGGAUGCAAUGUACCGGGGUAUUACAGAUGAAUACUUCGACCCUGAGUUAUUCCUCGGACAAGUGGAUCUUUCGACGGAGCACAAGAUCCUCGAGCUCAAGAAUAAGAUUGAGGCAUCCAUCAUCAUCUGGAAGAGGAAGAUGAACAACAAAGAUGGGAAAUCUUCUUGGGGAUCAGCAGUGAGCAUGGAAAAGAGGGAGCUGUUUGAGGAAAGAGCAGAGACCAUCUUGCUCCUUCUCAAGCACAGGUUCCCUGGCAUUCCUCAAUCUUGCCUCGACAUUAGCAAGAUCCAAUACAACCGGGACGUUGGACAAGCCGUUUUGGAGUGCUAUUCGAGAGUACUAGAAAGCUUAGCUUACACUGUCACCUCUCGCAUUGAUGAUGUGCUCUAUGCCGACUCCCUCACUCAAAAUCCAUCACUGGCCGAAUCAAAGAAACAAGUGUCAUUUUCUGAAACCACUGAGCCAGUGAAGAUGGCGAAUCUUGGAGAAGAGGUGGCAGAGAAGCCGAAUUCUACAGAAUCUCCUUCUUCGAUGACGCUCUCAGACUUCAUGGGUUGGAAUUUAGAACAAGAGCCAGAGGAGCAGAAGGAACCAGUAAGUAAUUUGGAGGACAUGUUGAGCUCAGACGAUGGGAAGAUCAUGAGCAAGCCUCCAAACAUUGUGACUAACAAGAAAUUUACAUAUAUGGAGAAGCUUGAGAACUUGGGAGGCUUGAGAAGCCCUGCAGCUCGCCACUAAGGAGUCGUCUUAUACAGUAAAAUGGGAGAGAAAUAGAAGGAAAAAGAGCUUCAAAAUUCCAAAUGUAAAUAUGUCUGACCCAUGAAAGUCUUGUUGUGUGCUGACUAUCCAUAUUGUUUCUUCCCUCUUUUUGUCGACUGGGAAGCGUUGCUAUUGAGUUUUGUUGCAUUUGGAUGCUCAUUUCUUUUGUACUUUAAAUGGAUUUGUAGAUCUGUAGCUACUAAUAUCUAUUGAUCUCAUAUGAGAGAGAACGAGAGCAUGAAAUCUUCUUGUGAAGAACUGGGACUGUUUGGGCUGAGCGAUUUGCGAAAUCCACGGAUUUCAAAUCUCCUCUGUUUGUUUUUCAUUGGCAAUUGCCAAGUCCGUGGAUUUCCCAAAUCGACGCCCACAUAAAAUCCAUGGGUUUGGGCAAAGCCAAAUCCCCAAGAAAACUAAAGACUUGCCAAAUCUACAAGAUAAAAACUUUGAUACUUUGGCAGAGAGUGAUGGAUGAUAUGCAGGCACUUUGAAAUUACUUGGAAAUAGCACAUGUGGAUGUAUCAUGAAAAAGAAGAAGACUUAUUUUAUUACCUGACAACUGGAUUGGUGGCAUUUAUUAGAAUGUUAAAAAUGAAAAAUAUCCAACAGUCCUAUUUCCACAAACAAGUGUCCACAAAUCAGAGGUAAGGAUUGUUCAACCAAUCCUAUCUUGGGAUUGCGACUUGGCAAAGUGGGCUGCACAAUCUAAUCAAUUAUAUUUGAAUUAAUUUAUUCAACUUCUAC